AAUUCCGUUUCCCAAAGAUAUUCAAUGAAGGCAAGUCAGUAUCGAAAGAUAUAUUACCGUUUUUGUAAUAUCAAACGAAGAUACUCGAUAUUUUUUAUCAUAAUUGGUAUCAUUUUAUUUUCGAUAUAUUUCCGACAACAUCGCAAGCACAACGUGUCAUCAAUAACAAAGAACAGUCGGUUUAUAAAUGGCUUUCCCAUGGCCAUGAUCUUCAAGUCGGAUGAAAAAGAAAUAGCUGUUAAGGAUAACUACUAUCUGGUAACUGCUAUAAGUUCGCAUGAAUUUAUCUGGCUGUUGAAAUUCGUCGAUACGUUAUUCAGUCAUGGUGGUGAACUUGAAUUGAUAGUAUGGAGCUUAGAUCUUCGCGAUUGCGAGUUUAAUUACGUGAAAAAUCUAAAUACUCCAUUUCGAAUACAUUUACACCGUUUUCCAUAUCAUUUUCACCCACUGCAUAUACGAUACUACCAUUUAAAUGCAAUAAAACCAAUCGUUUUGGAAUCUGCCUCUCUUACGUAUGGUGAAAUUAUUUGGAUAGAACCUUCUGUCAAAUUACCUUUACAACUGGAUAGUAUUAUUGAAAUCCUCAGCGACAAAAGUUUUAUUGCAGCGAGUAGUUCCAAUCCAUCGGAUGCAGGACAUUGUCAGACCUAUGCCAUCGGCGUGAAUUACAUUCGGUCUAAAACCCUAAUCGAAGCAUGGGCACAAUGCGCGAGAAACCGUUCGUGCAUCGCAGCAGCAUUGAACCGGCGUACAGGUCAUCAAUCUGUGAUAGAUAUGUUCUUUGAGAAACGCAGAAAAGACAUGAAACUUCCUUGUACGGUAUUUAAUACUAAAGCAGUAGAAAUUAAAACUGAUGGAGUUCUAAAACAAUGGGAAAGCAACAAAGAAGCCCGCUGCAAACAACACAAAGUUUGUGUUUUAACAGGAAGUCAUAGAACGCACGGAUGCUUAACUCCACAACUGGCUCGUCUUCGCCAGAAUAAACGGAAGUAUACCGAUCACCAUGGUUAUGUUUAUAUUGAAGAGGCGUUCGGGUUUCAUCGAAAUGCUCCCUGUCACAGAGUCUGGGAUAAAGUUCAUGCAAUUCUCAAACACUUGGCUGAAUGUAGGUUGCUGUUUUGGGUCGAUACGGACGCAAUUUUCUUGGAUAUGGACAGAACAUUAGAAUCUUUCUUUGAUGCUUAUCUGGGAAAAGAAUUUUUAGUAAGUUGGCCACGCACGGAUCGGAUGUUAAAUGCAGGUGUAUUGCUUAUGCGUAAUACGCCUACCAUGCACGAGUUUUUUCAAAAUAUAACAAAUGGAAAAACUUGGAAAAAUGACUGGUGUUCUCAUAGUAAGUUCGAGCAAGCCGCUAUCAGAGAUCAAUUGGAUAGUGGAAGUAUGGAUGGGAGAUUUGCAGUGGAACGCAGUAAUAUGUUACAAACGCUUUGCAGUUUUCGCAAUAAAGAAUGUGCUGUGACUAAGAAGGACUUUAUUGCCCAUUUUGCACCCCCAGACUGUCCGAAGUUACAUGACCUUGUUAAAACGUUCUUGGACGAUAACCAAAGUUUGAUAUGAUAAUGAUUUUCUCAUGAUAAGAACAUUUAAAGUAGCACAUUGAAUUGAGAUUUUGAGAUUUAUUAUUUUUUUGAAAACCGAGACUACCUAUUAGACUAUAAUCAAUCAACGACUUUGUCAUUAAAAGUGAAAGUAUACUCAAAGAAAAUAAAUUAGUAUACAACUGAUAAUUACGGCCCUGUUACCAUAUAUGCCUGUUACACGAUGCAUCUUGUUUGAUAUCAGAUGCCUCACAACGAUUGUACCAACUAUAAUGUAUUACAAUACUGAGCUAUCUAUAUAGUCGAGAGUGAAAUUGGAGUAUAUGUUACAAUUAAAUAUA